UAGACUUUGGAUUUCCAAGCGAUAACAUUGUGGCUUUCCACUAGAAAUAUUUGUUACUGUUUUAAUAUCUAUAUUUGUUAAAGUCAGGAUAACCUGUGCAUAUUUUAUAUAUCAUUUGUGGUAUUCAACUGAGAAAGAAACAUUAAAAUAUAAAACGGAACAUUGUGUUGCGAUUCAAUCCAUCUACAGUAGAACUGUAAAGAUCAGCGAAUAAAACUAGCACAAAAAGGCAGAACACAACCACUUGACUUUGAACGCCUUAACAACCACAAUGGAGAAUAAAAAGUAUCUUAAAUCGCUAUGAUAUGAUAUAUUAUAUCCGUAAGAUUGUCGGUAUCUCAGGGUAUUUUACAUGUGAAUACGUAAAGUAUAUAAUGUUUCAAAAGAUAUAUAAGACACUCGUAGAACUAACCUAUCGUAUUACCGCAUAGUAUCAAAAUAUGCUCAGCAUGCGAAAGCUAUUUAAAGAUAGACACGUGACAUCUGUUCGAUGGAACUUUUAUUGAUGAUGCAGAGAUUCUGUCUUUAGAAAAUAAACGAACUUUCUUGUUGAUAGGACCUAUGUGAACUUGAACAAAGUAUAAAAAAAAAAAAUGUGGACUUCAAGAUUGCUUGCAUUAUGUCAAAUAUGUAUGUUAUUGGAUACAACAUUUUGUAGAACAAUAAAACGGAAUGUGAACUCGUCACCAAAUGAUGACUACCACUGUAGCUCACCACUUGGCAUUGCCAGGGAUUCUAUAAAUAUCCAGGUUGGUUUUACCGUCAGUUCCCGAGACGAUUCUCGGCCAACAUUUGAUGGUAUCGGACCCCGAGAACAACAUGCAGAUGAUCAGAUGACAUUAGAUACAAAUACACUUCAUGACAGGUCUUAUAUUCAGGUUGAAUUCGAGCGUCCAAUGCUGGUAACAGGUUAUUAUUACACAAGGGAGCCCAAACUCCAUUUCAAGGGUUGACGCAUUACCGUGUACUGCAUAGUGAGGACUGUAU